AUGCCCUCCCUCCUCCGAGGAGCAGGCUUCAUCACAGGCGCAGCCUCUGGCAGACUCACCAAUCCACACCAAGGCAUCGGCAAAGCAACCGCCUUCUCCUUCGCCAAACACGGCGUCACGCAGCUGGCCCUCGCCGACAUCAACCUCAGUGCUGCCGAAACCACCGCCCGCGAAAUCCAAUCCCGCUUCCCGGGUACAGAAGUCCUGCCGCUGGCCCUUGACGUCGCGAACGAAGAGUCCGUCAGUGACGCUGUAACACAAACGGUUCGCCAAUUCGGGAGGAUCGAUUAUGCCGUGAAUAACGCCGGGAUCGCCGGCCCGGGGGCAUUAUCAGCGGAGCACAACGUUGACGACUGGAAGAGGACGAUCGAUGUCAAUCUGCAUGGUGUCUGGCUGAGCAGCAGGGCGCAGAUUGGCGUUAUGUUGGGGCAGGAGAGGAGGGAGGAUUCACCCCGUCACAACCGCGGGAUCAUCAUCAACGUAGCCUCUAUGUACGGCCUCCUCGCACCCUCGCUCAACACACCCGCCGUGGCAUACGCGGCAUCAAAGCACGGGGUUCUCGGCCUCACGCGCGCAGACGCCGUAGCCUAUGCGCCGAAGGGGAUCCGCAUCAACGCCAUCUGUCCCGGGUACGUGCAGACGCCGUUGGUACAGAGCUCGAUGCAUACGGGCGUGAUACAGCGGGAGGUCGACAAGAUUCCGGCUGGGCGGCUGGCGAGUAUGGAGGAGAUCGCGGACCAUAUUACGUUCCUGGCUUCGCCGUUGAGCAGUUAUAUGGUUGGGGCGGCGAUGGUGGCUGAUGGGUAA